UGCUCUAUAGAUCCCUAGCAACCAGUGGUAAAAACAUACGUCUUAUCUUUUCAAGCUGACAUAUUUUGACUCUGCAUUACUCCUCUGGUUUGCAUGUUGGUUCUGUACAGAUGAAAGGCAACCUGAAUCUGAACCGGAGGAAAUAUCGUGCAGAAGAACCACAGACUCGUUUGUCUACUUCUGUAAAGGUACUUGAACACUAGAUGAAAAUGAAAAGUGGCAGUGUUGAAGAUGAGUACAGGCCUCUACCAUCUCCUCCUCGCUCUUCGCUCCGUUCCGGACGACCUCCCUCCCGAGCCAGAGACCAAGGACGCGUGACCUUUGCUCAGGACUCCUUUAGCAACACCUUCAAACUGGACCCAGAGAAGCCUGUGACAUCCAGACUGGAGUCAAACCAGGCAGAGCCAAAGCAGAGCCCUAUAUCUGCCUCAGACCAAGCACCACUCCUGAAGGAAUCUGUUCAGGGCCGAGAAGCCUGGGACUAUGAGUACAUCCCUGCCCACUGGAUAUGCCCUGCACCCAGCCUGACCACACCACUCCAGUCCCUGGUCUCAGUAACAAACACAGAUAUUGACUUAGACACAAGGACAAAAAGACUUCUGGAGCUGACCUCGGAUCUGUACGUAGCCACUCACCAAUCAGACCACAUCAUUCCCCUCCAGCGUUCGUCUGAGGGUGUGCCGCGUUGGAGAAGUCCAACCCGUCGCAGUGUCUCGAUGGACAGGUUGCUCGAUCACCUGAGCCCCAGGCUUCAGAGGGCCUGGAAACGUGGAGGUUCUCCUGAGAGACAGCCUAUGGACCAUGGCCGUCGGUCCUCUUCCUCUCCUAGGCCAGACUCCACCUCGAAGAACGUCCUCUCCUCCUUCCUCUCCGUCCCCUCAGAGACCCUCCUACAGGCCAAGUCGACAUAUCAGACGAUCAGCACUACACAGAGUUCCAGAUUAGGGAGUAUUGACUGCCCUGUACCCAGGAUCCCAUCACCUCGGCUGGGGAUUUCCGAGCUGUCCUCCACCCUGAAAGGCUUUCUAGAUCUGGUGGACCAGCACUGGAGUGGCAAACGCUCCCUUCACCUCAACCCCACCUUCCUAGGCCAGGCCUAUGACAUUCUCUCAUCUUCAAUAUCGUCGGCAUCCCUUGCCGGGUCCAGCCCAAACAAAACAGAGGGAUUAAGAGAUGAGAAAAUAAGAGGGGAAGAGGAAACUGAGAGCAACAAUAAUAUCCCUCUGCACUGUAGCGAACUGGGUCACCUCAAGAGGAAACUGGCCCAAACGGAACAGCAACUGGCAUCCUUCAAGAAGAGACUUGUGUCUGCACUGAAGGAAAACUACAAUUUGAGACUAAGAAACUUAAAACAGGAUCCGUCUAGCCCAGUCAACAGCGAAAAACAGUGGACAAGUUGUUUUCAGAGGCAGGUAAAAGCUCUGAGGGAACAAGAGUCCUACCUGAGACAACUGGAGCAGACCGUUGUGCUUAUGCAGGACAACCACAGGUCUUUGGUAACCAACAAUGUGUCGAUCUUGGGACAGCUGAAUGGGCGCACAACAGAAGAAGCGGCAAAGGAGUCUCUAGCAACACAAAGCUGGCUUCCCGAACAGGCCAUCAAAUCAAACUAGAUUGCCUAUCAAUUUGUGUUAACCGUUUUCCACAUUGGAUAUUUUCAGAAAUGUAAUUCAUAUUAAUUGAGUUUAGGACGUUAAAAAAGUAGGCUAUUUACUUUACCUGCGGUCAUGGCUUGGCUUUCUGUGAGUCGUCUAGGCCUAUAGUUGUAAAUUGCACUCUCAAUUGAAUGCUGUCAAUUAACAUUACAGAUUGUCUUUUUUUCAU